AUGCGCAACUCAUUCCUCCUUCUUCCAACCUUGGGAACUGGCCUCGCCACCGCACUUCCCUCAAAUUUGAGCAGAUCCACUUCCAAGGGAGUCAGCGAUGCGAUCACCAACUCCCCAGCUACUUUGGGCAAUGCAAGCUUCGACUACAUCAUCUGCGGCGGAGGACUGACGGGUCUCACAAUUGCCAGCCGCUUGUCUGAGGAUCCCACCGUCUCGGUUCUGGUCAUUGAGGUAAUUACUCGUCAACUGCUCACAUGUCAUGCACACUUGUUGACAGCAAGCUCAGGCCGGCUACAAUAACUACUCGAACCCUAUGGUCAAUGAUGUUCGAACCUAUGGCGAAGCUUUCAACACCAGCUUGGCUUACGACCUCAAGUCAACACCUGUCGAGUGGCAAGGCGGCAGUCGGCUUCAACUCGUGGCAGGCAAGACGCUUGGCGGCAGUGACAGCUUGAACGGAGCUAGCUGGACCAAGGGCGCUCGUUCUCAGUACGAUCUCCUUCCUGCCCUCACCGGCGAUGACUCUUGGGCUUGGACGCCCUUCAACCAACACAUGCUCAAAGCCGAGAACUUUCACACGCCUACUACCGAACAGCGAGACGAGAAGGGAGCUUACUUCGACUCAAUUUCCCAUGGCUAUGGUGGACCAGUCCAAGUUUCUUUUGGAGCGGGGAUGUUUGGUGGCACUCAACUGCCUGCCUUGGAGACUUCCGAGAAGGUGUGGCAGAAUCUGACGCGAAACUCGGACGCGGCGUCAGGUUCGCCAUUAGGAGCUACCAUCAUUCCGAACAUGGUCGAUGUAGAAGCGAGCCAGAAUCGCUCCAGCUCCUUCACCGCAUAUGCUCAAAACCAGGUACAGGAGAGAGACAACUUUUUCAUUCUCACUGGGCACCGGGUGACCGAAAUUGUCUGGCAAAAUGGCACGGACAAACUUGUUGCGGAAGGUGUACGCUUCCAAGCCUCCCAAAACAGCACCGUUGAGUUUAUCAAGGCCAAGCGCGAAGUGCUUCUUGCGGCCGGCUCCCUUCACAGCCCUCAGCUCCUGGAACUUUCCGGUGUAGGCGACUCGGAUAUCCUGUCUGCCGCGGGUGUCGACGUUCGGCUUUCUCUGAGCGGCGUGGGCAAGAACAUGCAGGAACAGACUAAGAGUUCUCUCUACUACGAGCCAAAAGGCAACACUAGCUUCAACGGCAGCGGUCCAGCAAGUGCCAUCUCCUAUGUCACAGCAGCCCAACUGCUUGGUUCCGAAUCCGACGCCUGGUAUAACUCCAUCGCUGCCAACAUUACAGCGUACGCAUCUGCGUUGGAAGCCGACGGCCUCGUUGCCAAUGCUACCGCGACCGCCGAAGUCCUCAAAUUGCAACUCGACAACGUGUUCUACUCGCAGGACACACCAGCAGCGGAAAUCUUCUUCACAAUAGACAUGGAUGACAACACAGUGGGAAUCGACCUGUGGAACCUCGUCGUCUUCUCUCGCGGUACAGCUCACAUCCGCUCCAAUUCUUCCUGGGACAGCCCCGAAAUCGAGCCCUCCUACUUCCGCUCUCCGCUGGACCUCGCCUUCCAGACCGCCGCUGCCAAGCAAUCCCGUCAAGUCUUCAACACUGCGCCCCUUUCCAACUGCGUCGUCUCCGAAAUCACACCGGGCACCGAUCUCGUCUCGACUAACGCAACCACUGCAGUCUGGGAAGACUGGGUCAAAUCCAAGUUCACGAGCGUGUGGCAUUACAUCGGUACGCUGUCGAUGAUGAAGCAGGAAUAUGGAGGUGUUGUGGACAGCAGACUGAAGGUGUAUGGCAUUGAGAAUGUCAGAGUUGUGGAUGCCAGUGUGCUGCCGGUGCAGUUGAGUGCACACUUGAGCAGCAGUCUGUUUGGCAUUGCAGAAAAGGGAGCUGCGAUGAUCAAGGAGGACUGGGCAGGGAAGUAG